GUGUCCAUCCUGUCUUCAUCUGAUAUAUCGUUGGCAGCGGAAAUGUGGAUAGCGGAAGUGUAUAAAGAGUCCGGAAGAGCGUGAGGGAGUCUCAGUGUGUGGAAGGGGUAGUGAUGGCUGCAGCGAUGGAAACUGAGCAACCUAGCAUUGAGAUCUUUGAAACAGCCACUGCAAGUGCUGCUGUGGACAUUGAAGACUCAGAGGAGCUCGAGCCAUAUUAUGUGGAGAGGUAUUCCUGGAGUCGCUUACGGAAGUUAAUCACUGACAGCAGGAAGCUGCAUGGGCACAUGAUGGCAAAACCUCCUCAUGAUUUUUAUUUUGUAAAGAAAAAUGAUCCUGAAGGGCCUCAUUCAGAUAGGGUCUAUUAUCUAGCCAUGUCAAAUGAAAACCGGGAAAAUCGAUUGUUCUACUCUGAAAUUCCCCGAGAGAUAAAUAAGGAUGCUGUCCUGCUGCUGUCAUGGAAACCUCUGCUGGACUAUUUUCAGUCUGUUCCUGACUAUGGAAUUUACUGCCGUGAAGAAGAGCUGUUGCGGGAAAGGAAGAGAAUUGGAACAAUUGGAAUUGCGUCUUAUGAUUUCCACAAAGAAAGUGGAAUGUUUCUGUUCCAGGCGAGCAACAACAUCUAUUUCACUGUGGAUGGUGGUAACUCAGGUUUCACUAAUGAACCAUUAAAUCCUUCACCGGUAAAAACAAGCUGUUCUAACAUCAGGAUGGAUCCCAAAAUAUGUCCUGCUGAUUCAUCUUGGAUUUCAUUCAUCCACAGCAACGAUUUGUGGAUCUCUAACAUUGAAACAGGGGAGGAAAGACGGCUAACAUUUGCACAUAGAGGUUUGCCCAACUUAGAGGAUGAUCCCAAAUCUGCAGGAAUCUCCAGCUUUGUGCUCCAGGAAGAGUUUGACCGGUACACAGGCUAUUGGUGGUGUCCUUUGGCCGAGGACACUCCAGAUGGAGGAAAGAUCUUCAGGAUACUUUAUGAAGAAAAUGAUGAGUCAAAUGUUGAAAUCAUCCAUGUGACUUCACCCAUGCUUGAAACACGAAGGUGUGAUUCAUACAGGUAUCCACGAACGGGAACUCUAAAUCCAAAAAUAACUUUCAAGAUGUCCGAAGUAACAAUAAAUGCUAAUGGAAGGAUCGCAAAUGUCAUCGACAUGGAAUUGGUCCAGCCAUUUGAGGUUCUUUUUAAUGGAACAGAAUACAUUGCACGGGUUGGAUGGACCCGAGAAGGAAAAUACGCAUGGGCCAUCCUGUUGGAUAGACUCCAGACCAGACUCCAAAUUGUUCUGAUUCCUCCUGCUCUGUUUAUCCCAGUGGUGGAUGAUCCAGUGGAAAGGCAGAAACUUGUGGAAUCUGUGCCUGAUAGUGUAACACCAUUGAUUAUCUACGAGGAGACAACAGACAUUUGGAUAAAUGUGCACGAUAUAUUGCACAUAUUUCCUCAGGUGAAGGACGAUGAGAUUCAGUUCAUUUUUGCCUCUGAAUGUAAGACUGGUUUUCGACACCUUUACAAAAUUACAACCAUCUUGGAGGAAUGCAAGUAUAAACGGUCAAGUGGGGGCUACCCCUCUCCAGAUGACUUUAAAUGCCCAAUUAAAGAAGAAUUGCCUUUGACGGGUGGAGACUGGGAAGUGCUCGGGAGACAUGGCUCCACGAUAUGGGUCAAUGAAGCUUCUCACCUGGUAUAUUUUCAAGGUACUAAAGACACACCUUUGGAACACCACCUUUAUGUAGUGAGCUACGAAUGUCCCAUGGAGAUUGUACGACUGACACAGUUAGGCUACUCUCAUAACUGUUUCGUUAGCCAGAACUUUGAUAUGUUUAUCAGCAAGUACAGCAACCAGGACCAUCCACACUGUGUACAUGUCUUCCGACUGACUGGAUCAGAAGAAGCCCCUCUUCACAAACAGAGAGAGUUCUGGGCCACAAUGCUAGAGUCUCCAGGUUGUCCUCCAGAUUACAUUCCUCCAGAGAUGUUUAGUUUUCACAGCAAGUCCGGCUAUAUAUUAUACGGAAUGAUGUUCAAACCACAUAAUCUACAGCCCAGAAAAAAAUACCCCACCCUGCUUUACACAUAUGGUGGCCCUCAGGUGCAGUUAGUAAACAAUCGCUUUAAGGGAGUUAAAUACCUGCGCCUGAACACUCUAGCAGAGCUUGGUUAUGUUGUGGUCGUCAUAGAUUCCCGGGGAUCCUGCCACAGAGGCCUUAAAUUUGAAGGUGCCUUGAAAUACAAGAUGGGUCAGGUAGAAAUUGAAGACCAGGUGGAAGGGCUACAGUAUUUGGCUGCCAAGUACAGCUUCAUUGACAUGAAACGUGUUGCAAUUCAUGGCUGGUCAUAUGGAGGUUAUCUGUCGCUCAUGGGUCUAGUGAGGAGACCAGAAAUAUUUAAGGUAGCCAUAGCAGGAGCCCCUGUGACACUAUGGAUCUUCUAUGAUACUGGAUACACGGAACGCUACAUGGGUCUCCCAGAUAAAAAUGAGAGUGGCUAUGAGAUUGGAUCAGCAGCAAUGCAAGUUGACCGGUUUCCUCUUGACCCCAAUCGGUUGUUGCUCUUACAUGGGUUCCUCGAUGAAAAUGUUCAUUUUUCUCAUACUACAGUACUGCUUAGCUUCCUCGUUCGAUCAGGGAGGCCGUAUGACUUGCAGGUGUAUCCUCAGGAGCGGCACAGUAUCCGUGUUCCAGAGUCUGGUGAACAUUAUGAACUGUAUCUGCUGUACUAUCUUCAGGAGAACCUGGCUUCCCAGAUUGCAGCCAUGAAGUAGAAGAUAGUGUUACUUUUGAGACUUCCCAUCUCAGCCAAUAACUCAAUGCAAUAGGUGUCAGAAUAGAGACACUGCUCCUAUUAAUUGUGAUUUACUCUUCCCCCACCACCCCAUAAAUCGUUACUUGUGGUUCUUUUUUUCAAGUAGUCAUAAUCUCUCUGAUCCUUAUCAUGCAAAGUGAACUGACACUCAAUUUCAGUAAGAGCAACAAUUGAACUCACCCCACUUAUCCAUUAGCAUCCCUUCUCCAUUGCUCACCACUAACACAUCUGUAACUUGUGGCUUGUACUUCCCCAGCACCAUUUUCUAGUGGCAAUGCUCACUUUAGCUUCGUGAUCCUUGCACAAAAUUGCACUUCUGUAAGCCACCACCCCUUCCCUCCCAUAAUCUCACUAAUAGUGCCUGACAAUCACUUUCUGCUGUUUGUACCGAGACUGUAAAGUAAGACCCAUGAUCACAGAAACUUUACUUUCCAAGAGCAUGUUACGGGCAUUAAGGGUGAUUUCUUCUGAAGAAUGUGUGUCCAACAGUAAAUCUUGAAAAUGCAGCAAUUUCCCUCCUAUUAUAUGUUGCUUGCUCUUUGAUUCACUACAGCUGUCCAGAACUCAGCAUCUUUAGGAACUUUUCCCCAUGAGUUGAUCAGAUUUAGUGAGACUUCCCCAUUUGCUUCUGGCGACCAGAUCUUCAGUUCGGUUUUCCAUUACAACAGCAUCUGCCCCCAGUGCUGCUGUUAAUUUGCUUAAUGACCAUAAAACGACAAUUACUGUAUUUGCACGGAUUGUAGCGUAAAUGGAAAUGAUUGUGAAAUAUUUUUGAGCACUUUAUGUAACAGUAAUGUUUAGAUUAAUGUCUUAAACAGUAUCAUUUUUAUUAUUACUUAUAAAAAAUCUGGUCAUGAAUUAUUUAUUCUCUUUCAGAUACAUAUUGAAAGGGUUUUACCAUUUCCAGAUUUGUUUAGAUUUUUGGAUGCAGUAUCCAUAAAGUAUUGUAUAUAUCCUGUGAAGCAGUAACAUUGUACAGAAGCAGAUGUCUGGGAGGGAGAGUGCAUGUUCAUGAGUGGAACAAAGACAAGAAGCAAGUGGGAGGAGGCUUGAAUUGAGCACAAACUCUGGCACAAUCCUGUUGGGUUCAAUAGUCUGUUUCUGCGCCCUAAAUAGUAUGUACUGCCAGUGAAUUUGUGGUCCAGAUCUGUUCUCUGGACUGUUGGAUAUGAACAUAUGACCCAAGGUGUGAGUCAGGACCUCACUGAAGUGCCAAUCUGCUGACUCCCAUUGAAAUUGCCCGGGAGAUUUGAACUUCUGACAAGCAAAUCCUCUGACACUAAAUCUAUCCAGCUGGCUGUCCAGAAAGUGCUAGAGAGUAAAAUCUUAGUUUUAACAUUGUAUAACAGCUCAGAGAGAUCCCAACACCUGACCACCAUCCCCACAAUCCCAACCAUCCAUACGUCAGGACUAUCCCUCCAAACUGACUCAAUUAGCCCCAACCUCCUGAUCCACCAUAACUAGCCCUCACCAUCUGACCGUAUCCUGUUCAAACUAUAGUCCUUGCUAACCUAACUAUCCCCACCACCCAACUAUCCCUGCCUCAACCUGAUUAGCCCCCACCCACUGACUUUCCAACUUGACUAGCCCCUGACCUGACAACCCCUGCCAUCCCCUCCCAAUCCAAUUCAACUACCCUUUGAGUCACCUAUUACCCUGCCCACUGACUACCCUAUCCAUCUACCUUACCCACUUACAAACCUACACAAUCACCCACUCACCUGUUUGUAUACGCUCAUUGACUAACACACGAGAAGCUUUGGGACCUUUAAACACUUAGCGUAAUACAGCAGCCAGUGCUAUCAAAAGGGACAUUGGUUCUGUGCUGAUUCUCUGCAUUGCACUGAGAGAAUUCUUCAGGAUACUGCAUUGGAAUUUUGGCUGGAAAAGUUGCAUCCAGGUAAGUGCGUAGUUUUCUGUCUGAUCAGCAUUGGACCCAGUAGUUUAUUGGACUGAUCAGAAGAUUUGGGUCGAAGUAAGUGCAGGGUUUCACCCUCGUACUGAUUAUUAUGGGGCAAUACAAAUUCAUGGGUACUCAUUACCUGCUAGUCUGCAUGUAGCAUUCUCUCACAUCGGCAAUCUACACAGUGGAGUAGGAAUCUGUGCAUGUAGUGCUGCUUCGUUGAUAUUAUUGAAGAACUCUGUGUGGGCUGCAGCGGGUGGCAGUUCAUGGUACUAUCUGCCUCACUGCAAUCAAUGCAAAGCUGUGCUAGCAGCAUUUUGUGUGAAUAAAUUUCUCCGCUGUUGUCUUUUUGUCUCUUUAUUUUCUGCUGUGGUACUGGACCUCUCUGCCUCUUUUCUGUUGGUAAUUAUGGUAGUGCACUGGUUUUAAUAAUUUUUGAGAGAGGUUCCUUCAUGUCCUCCCCAAAGGGUCUUUAACUGAUGAGCCAAACCUGUUUCUUAGAUUCAGAGGUCUAGCCUCUUUCAGCCUGUCAAUCAUCUCCCAAGUAAGUUUAAAUAUUAGUCCCAUGAAGUAUGAGAGAAUUCAAUCUUUAAUAAGACAGACAAGAUUAUUUUGUCAAUGUUUUUGAGCUGGUUUUAUAAAUUCCUGGGUACAUUUCCACACAACCAGAUUUUAUGUUAAAUAUGGACUUUGACCAACCAGUUGUGCUGAUGGUUUUGUCCAGUACAAAAAUCACAGCUGUGUAAAUAUUGAGGGUCAAUUUGCAGUUGAUGUGACUGUACAUUUGUAGUAAAUUAAUUUCAGAUUUCUACAGCAGUCCUUCUAGACUUUGUCUAAUCUGUGGGGAGAUCUAGCUUCCCCACAUUUCCCUCUGAACUUGUUAAGCCAGUAAAUUGGUACAAUUGAACAUGUUGCCAGUCUUGUUUGAAUACUGGCAGAUAGAGAAUAACUGUGAAUUUGUAUUGACACAUGAUGAUUCAGUAAGAGAGCACAAUCCUGCAGAUGCAUAGUUACAUAGACAUAGUCUUUGUGGCAUAGAAACAGUCUAUUCAGUGAAACAGCUUUAAGCUCCAUACAAACUUUCUCAUACCUUGCUUCAUCCAUCUUCAUCAGCAUAUCCUUCCAUUAUUUUCUCCCUUGUAUGUUUAUCUGCCUUCCCUUAAAUGCGUUGUGGUAGUGAUUUCCACAUUCUCAUACUUUUACAGGCGAGUAGAAGUUAAUAGCGUGCUGAUGUGAUACAGUGUUGACUGAGAAGUUAUGUAAACAGGAUGUCAACUCACUAGAACCGCUUUACGUCCAUGCUUAAAUUUUGUGUAUUACCCUGGUGUCUAUAAAUAAAUCACUCACCCAUGGAAAUUGGGAAGAAAAGCAUGUUGAAA